GGAGUCUCGGUCUUCCGCGGCCCCCUCGUGAAGGACACCAGGACACAUCGCAACAAUGGCGCUACUUCGCCAGAUAUUGGGCUUUGCACUGGCAGCUGUUGUUCUCGCUGCUUUCCUCGCAGCUCAAACCGACGCGAACAUGGUACGCAUCUUUCCUCUGCCCAGGCGUUCUGCCAUCCGCGAAGAUACCUUGUUUGUAUCAUUGCAGAUCAAAGACAAGCCCAAUGUAGCCUAUAUGUCCUUCUUGGCAAGAGACAUCACCAGUAGGCCAGACAACAAAUUGAAGCUCAAUCGUUGGAGUGCUUCUGCGUGUGCUCGACAGAGAAGGCAGUCGGUCCAUCGUCGGUCAACAAAUCGUCGUCGAUCCCUCACCCAUCGUCGCCCGAGAGCACCACCCAAGGCCAGAGCACCAGGAGCCACGCCAAGACGGUGGCCGUUGAGGCUGAUGGGAGACGUCGCGUCAUCCAUCCGAUCGAGUGUGUGGAUAGGCGGCAGUGUGCACGAGACAGAGACAGACAUGGUCAUGUGCACUUGGGAACGGACUCUACAUUUCGUUCAAGGGCUUGGUUGUGUGUCGACCGAUAUCAGAACACAGUGUUAA